AUGCAUUUUACACUCCCACUCUUAGCUUUGUUGUGUGUCUUCCAGGCUGUUGUGGCUCUACCUACCCGAUCUUCUAGUCUUGAUGCUUCCGCUAUUUUGAGUCGUCGAGCGGGAAAUGAUCAGGUUGUUGGGGGUGGCAACGUCAAGGAGAAAUCUAUUGAACAGAAGUGUUUCGGCGGUAUCAACAAUAUUUGGGGAGGCGGUAUGCCCUUCACGUACAGUUACUACAACACCCUUAUGUAUCAAAAUGGGUUUGCCAAUCUUUGCAACUCUUACUUCGGGACUGGUUAUCAAUGGGGUACCUGCAAUUCGUACUUUGGAUGCCAAACUGCCGUCAAUACAUUUUACAACUCCUACCUCACUGGAUUCAACGGUCUUUAUGGCGCUUCCUUAUAUGCCUUGAAUGACAAAGAGUUGAAAUCAGACACAAAUGCUGUUUGA